GCGAUCCCGGAGAGCCAACGGCAGCUGCCCGCCGCCGGCACGUGGCUCGCGUAGCGCCGGCUGCCACAGAAGGACCUUGUUCGCUCCUGGACCGUGCUCUGAGCGGGGCUGGGCUGGGCUCGGAUGUGCUCUGUGGCUGCCUUGUCUCAGGGCUUUAAAUAUUCAUGCUUUUGAUUUCCUCUGAGCUGCUGGCAACCGCUUGCGAGCACGGGGGCCAGAGCGAGCCGGCAGGGGCGGAGGGGCAGCGGUUUGGGACUCAUUCGGGGCUGCGCUGAGGCCCCUGCUGGAGACAAUGGGAUUCGUCGUGGGUCCGCUUUGGGAGCAGCGUGGGGCAGUGGGGCUUGAGGACCUCCCAGCCGUGUGCUGAGCCCCCUUACCGGCUGCUCCGUGCGGCCCCAGGGUGUAACCACAGCUUCGUUUCCUCCCCGCCGCACCGGGAGCAGGGGUUGCUCUCCAUCUGUCCCGGAUUGCUGACGCUGGUUGCCAUCGAUCGGCUGUGACGGCGUGGAGCUGGGCAGCCCCCGCUGCGUGCCGGAGCUGGGGACGGUCCUCCUCGUGAGCCAUGAGGGGCUGGCGAGCACCUGGCACAGAGCUCGGCCUUGGCCGGUGCCUGGGGGAGGAUUCCAGGAGGCUGUAGGCGCUCAGCCGCUCCGCGGGGUUGCUGUGAGGGGUGGGCAUGCGCCAGCCCUUCUCGCCUCUCUCCACCAUGGAUCUCCUGCAGAAGAGCAAAUACAGCCACCUGAGGAACGAGUCUGUCUCCUCCCUGGAGGAGGCGGUGGGAGCCUUGGGGACCCCGGCGUCCCCGGUGGAGUCCCUGGCGGGCACGCGGUCUCUGCCUGGCUCCCUGUCAUCCUCCUCCCUCAGCCCCAUGCUGCCUCUCGGGGAGCUCUCGUCCGAGUCGGAGGACAGCCCUACCACCCUCUGCUCUUUCUUCCCCAAAAUGGCCAACCUGAAGCUUUCCAACCCCGCCAACCUGCUCAGCCUGCGGGGCUCAUCGGCCGGCAGCCUCAAGGAUGCUGGGAGCUCAGGGCAGCCCGUCCUGACCGGGACUCUCACACCGGCACCGGGGGGAACAGCCAGCCCCGACUCAGUGGGACCUGUUACUGUCUGUUCCCAGGAUAUGAACAAGCUGAGCUGUGCGAAGAGGACGCGGGUGGAAGGCGGCCAGCUGGGUGGUGAUGAAUGGACCCGCCACGGCAGCUUUGUCAAUAAGCCCACGCGUGGCUGGCUGCACCCAGAUGACAAGGUCAUGGGUCCUGGGGUCUCCUACCACGUCAGGUACAUGGGCUGCGUAGAAGUCCUUCAGUCCAUGAGGGCUUUGGAUUUCAACACAAGGACUCAGGUCACCAGGGAGGCCAUUGGCCUGGUGUGUGAGGCUGUGCCCGGUGCCAAGGGAGCCGUGAGGAGGAGGAAGCCCUGCGGCCGCUCUCUGAACUCCAUCCUGGGCAAGAGCAACCUGAAGUUUGCUGGCAUGCCCAUCACCCUGACCAUCUCCACCAGCAGCCUCAACCUCAUGGCCUCUGACUGCAAGCAGAUCAUUGCCAACCAUCACAUGCAGUCCAUCUCCUUUGCUUCUGGGGGUGACCCGGACACAGCUGAGUACGUUGCCUACGUUGCCAAAGACCCCGUCAACCAGAGAGCCUGCCAUAUCCUGGAGUGCCCUGAGGGCUUGGCCCAGGAUGUGAUCAGCACAAUUGGGCAAGCCUUCGAGCUGCGCUUCAAGCAGUACCUGAAGAACCCCCCGAAGCUGGUGACACCCCACGACAGGAUGGCGGGGUUUGAUGGCUCAGCCUGGGAUGAGGAAGAGGAGGAGCCUGCCCCAGAUCACCAGUACUACAACGACUUCCCUGGCAAGGAGCCUCCUAUCGGGGGGGUCGUGGACAUGCGGCUGCGGGACGGGGCUGUGCAGACCCCCAAUCACCUGGGGGCCACGCUGCCUGUUGGCCAGACGUCUGGUGGGGAAUUUGACCCCCGGAAGCAGCACGGUCCUGCUCAAGCAGGAAGAGAGAAAUACCCACCUGCAGCGGGCGCAUCCGGCCGCACGGACCUGUUUGAUGACCCAUCUUAUGUGAACGUGCAGAACGUGGACAAGACACGCCAAGCAGCAACUGCAGGCAGCCCUGCAACAGCCAACGGCAGUGCCCAGCGAGACCUCUUCGACAUGAAGCCAUUUGAAGAUGCCCUGCGUGCCCCCCAGUCUGUGCCCGUGACCGUUCCGCCUGCCCAGGUGGUGGCCUCCAUGGAGGAGCAGCUGAGACGGGAGCCGUGGUACCACAGGAAGAUGAACCGCAAGGAGGCUGAGAAACUGCUGAAGGUGAACGGAGAUUUCCUGGUGAGGGAGAGCACCACCACCCCCGGGCAGUACGUGCUGACCGGCCUGCAGGGUGGGCAGCCCAAGCACCUGCUGCUCGUCGACCCCGAAGGAGUGGUCCGGACAAAAGAUCACCGUUUUGAGAGUGUCAGCCACCUCAUCAGCUACCAUAUGGACAAUCACCUGCCCAUCAUCUCAGCUGGCAGCGAGAUGUGCCUGCAGCAGCCGGUGGAGAGGAGACUGUGAGCUCCUGGGGGGCCUCGGUGCGCGCCAACCCCCCCCCCCCCCAGCCCUGCUUCCCACCCUGGGGAGCACUUGGACUCAGCCGGGGCUGAGCGUGGACUGCCUUGGGGAUGGGCCUCACCCUCCCACCACCACACGAAGCUGGCGGCCCUGGGGUGGGGGCAGCGUGGUGUGAGCUGCCUGCGGGGCCGGGGGCUGGUGGUGCCAAAGCCCCCUCCUCUCCUCCCAGCUCCAGCCUUCGCACAGCUGCUCCGCUCGUACCAAAUCCCGGCCCCAUACGGUGUCACCACACUGGGCACGAGCCCAGGGCCGGGCCCUGCUCCAGCCUGGUUGGAACUGGGGGUGGCCGGGCUUCGUCCAGUGAGCAGCACCAGCCCCCGUGGGGGGGGGGGGCUCACCCAGGGCUGGGCCCUGCGCUCUGCUCCCCAAGCACAAGGCCCGGCUGGCCGCGCACCGAAUGUACCCGAUCACUUUAUGUGUAACUGUGCCUUGACCCCGCAGGUCCCACACAUAUAUGCAAUGCAGCCGGGCGGGGGGCGGGGGCUGGCAGCUCCCCCGUGCCCUUCAGGCCCUGCCAAGCCCCUUCUCGGGCACCUCCCUCUCUGCCGGAGCUGGCCGGGCCCCACUGCAUGCACCUCGACCCCCCGAAGCCAAAGCGCAGCCCUGCCCCGGCCCCGCUAUAACCAAAGGAUCCGGCGGUUCGUAUUAAAGUUGGUAUUUCUUUAC